AUGGUCUCACGGAAGCCCGCCAGCCAAACGACGCUGUCGAUAAGGACCUCGUCAACCGCCUCUUCGCCCUCGACGUCCGUGGUCGAGCUGGACGACGACGACAUGAAAAUGGACACCAAGCUCGCCAUGGUCGACUGCCAGCCAGCACCCUUGACCGUCUCGAUACCCAAGACCAUCGCCAGGCCCCACGGCCGCAAACCCAACCUCGCCGAGAUCCUCGCCAACACGGCCCCUCCGCCAUACACACUCACCUCCUUCAUGGCCUUCCUGUCGCAAAACCACUGUCUGGAGAACCUCGAAUUCACCAUGGAUGCCUCCAGAUACCGCAAACACUACUCCAAGAUGGUCAAUCGCCAUCCAGGGAGUCCCAUCUCACCCUUGUCUGACGAGUGUGCUUACGUGCUCAUGCUAUGGCGCCGGCUUAUCGAUGCUUACAUUCGUGAGUCUGGACCACGAGAAGUCAAUCUUCCUGCUGAAGUCCGUGACAAUAUUUUGGGACUGUGUGACCCAUAUGUGCCGCCACACCCUUCGGAACUAGACGAGGCUGUCACCAAGAUCUACGAGCUCAUGGAGGAGAGCGUGCUCGUCUCGUUUCUGAAUGCUACCAGCCCACAAAAUGCAUACAGAGCCAGCCAUGACAGCUAUGCCACAUCAUUCUCUCGGUCAUCGACUCGCAGCUGUGACGAACGUAGUUUCAUGUCUCGCAGCCCACAGCCACAACUUCCUCCUCACCAACGAGCAUCCGCACCAUCAACAUUGGCCUCUGGCUUCAUGCAUUCCCGCCCCUUCUCGCAUUCUCGUUUCAACUCUCAACCAACUUCCUCUGGCUCACAACCAAACCGCGUCAACUCUGGCUACACCAGUGGCAGUGAUACCUUGACCGAUGAUUCAGCGAGUGGCAGCCUCUCUGGCAUGAGCGACCCACUUACUCCUCCUGGAACUCCACCAUUGAGCGACUACGCCAUGCCGGAUUUCAAUCAGGCUUAUCACGAGAGCGGCACAAGCAGCGGCACUCCGAGCCCACGUGCUAGUCGUGGAGAACACAAUGGUCUCGCCAGUGCAACCAGAGACAGCUGGAAACGUGUGAGCAGCAAGCUAUGGCCCAAGAAGAAGAGCGGGCAGCUGCGAGAAGAUGAGCUUGGCGCCGCCGAAGGAAUACCUUUCUGA